AUGGGAGCGUUCCAUGCUCAGGCUUCAAAAAGAAAGAAAAGGGAUGAGAUUAAGAAAUUGCGGAAUGAGCGUGAGGAGUUGUGUGAGAAGGAAGGAGGGGAUAUUGAUUUUGUGUGCAGCAAGAUUGAGGAGCGUGUAUCGCAGGAUGAUUUUGAGUUACUUACAGCACCGUAUGAAGCCGAGGAGAAUGAAACGAUUAUUGCUUUGAUUCCAAAAGUGGAUCGACCAAAGCGUGUGGCAGAGUUCCGGCCUAUAAGUAUGUGCAAUAUUACGUAUAAGAUCGUAUCUAAAGUGAUUGUUAACAGGCUGAGGCGAGUGUUGGAUGGUUUAAUCGAUCAGGCCCAGAGUGCUUUCAUUAAAGGACGACAGAUAACUGAUAACAUCCUUAUCAGCUUUGAAUGUCAGCAUUGGCUACGGGCAAGGAAGAAGGGUUUCUCUACUUUAAAACUGGACAUCAUGAGUAAGGCAUCGGUCUUCUAUUCGUUCCUCUUAAAUAAGCGAGUUUCUGGCGAGGUGAAACCAACUAGAGGGCUACGGCAAGGCGAUCCUUUGUCGUCUUUUCUUUUUGUCAUCUGCGCCCAAGGCUUUUCCUCCUUAUUUAGGUUCUUUGAGAUGAGAGGAGAAAUUCAUGAUGUGCCUAUGAUCCCAAAGCAGCCCAGUAUUACUCAUCUCUUUUUUGCAGAUGAUAGCUUAAUUUUCUUUAAAGCUGACGUCGAAGAAGCGGUAGUUGUAAAAGAAAUCACUCAACGGUAUGAAAGUGCAUCGAGCCAGAUGAUCAACUUUGAUAAAUCAUCGAUUACGUUCAGUCCGAAUACUACAAGGCAGCGAGAGCACGAGAUCAAACACAUUUUGAAUAUUAAAGGAGGUGAUGGUUUACAACGAUACUUGGGAUUGCCGGCGUUCUCUAUGAGAAAGAAAAGAAUCCAGUUCGGUUAUUUAGUGGAGAAAAUUCAAAAAAAGCUACUCAGCUGGAACCAGAGGGAGUUUUCUGGGGGAGGUAAGGAAGUACUUAUCAAGGCUGUUAUUCAAGCCAUCCCUACUUACGCCCUGCAAUGCUUUCGGCUGCCGGACUCGAUUUGUAAUGAUAUUGAUAGAAUAACGGCAGCGUUUUGGUGGGGGCCCUGGGGGGACAAGGAGGAUAAAAGAUGUUUACAUUGGAAGAAGUGGGGAGCUAUGUGUAAGCCCAAAGAAUGGGGUGGUCUUGGGUUUCGAGAUUUAAAGGGUUUCAACCAAGCACUUGUUGCUAAGCAAGCUUGGAGGCUUAUGACUAAUCCGGAAACCUUGGUAGCCAGAGUUUUCAGGGCCCGUUAUUUUUGUCAGGGAGAUUUCAUGCAUGCUCGUCUCUCUGGCAAUGUAUCAUUCAUUUGGCGGUCUUUGUUGUGGAGUAGGCCUUUGAUUGAAAAAGGAAUGGUGUGGCAGAUUGGUGAUGGCAGUAGGGUGAGGAUUUUUCAAGACUCUUGGGUCCAAGAUUUAGACUCUGGACAUGUUAUGGGGAAGGCAGAUUACGGCAAUUCGGAGAGGCGUGUGAUGGAGUUGAUUGAUGAGAAUAAUAACUGGAAUGAAGAGGUGUUGAACGAGUUGUUCUGGCCUCAUGAGAAAGAGGCGAUUUUGAGAACUCCUAUUUGUGAGAAAGCUGACGAAUAUGCGUUGUGGUGUAUGAUUUUACACCGCAUCUGGUGCUUUGUCUGUGAGCUCACACAUGGGAAGAGAGAGGAUGUGCAGGCUCCUUCGGUGGCAGACUGUCAAGCGGCUCUUGAAGCUCUUCAGGCUGCGAAGACCACCUUUUUGGUGGAGAACCUUAUGGGUAUGCAGCUAGGUAAGAAACGCUGGUACCCGCCAAGAUGUGGAAGAUAUCGCUGUGAUGUGGAUGCGCUCUUUGAUUCUCAAGCGAGUGUGUUUGGAGUUGGUGUGGUGGUUAGAAAUUCGCAAGGGGAGGUCGUGUUUGCGGCGGCGAAGAAGACAAAGCCGAGCUCGACUCCUUUGCUCAUGGAGAUCAUGGCGGUUGUUGCUGGAAUUAUGUGGUGCAUAGAGUAUGAUUUUACACCGAUAGAGAUCUUUACGGACUCCAUGUUAGCUGCACGCGUGAUGGCUUGUCCGGAAGAGGAAGAGAGGCGAAUAGGGCGACGCAUAGCUUGGCGCAAUUUGCGUGUUCUUGUCAGCAACCAGUGUGUUGGUUUGUUGGUUUCCCUCGCUGGUUAA